ACACACCCAUUUAGUCCCAAACCAAAGACUCUUAACCAUCUCUCUCUCCUUCUCUUUCUCUGUUUUGAAAACAGAGCACCAAAGAAAAAGAAAAACAUAGGAAAAUUAAAAAAAAAUGGGCAUGAUGAUGAUGAUUUUGGGUCUUCUUGUGAUCAUUGUUUGCAUCUGUUCUGUUCUUCUCCGAUGGAACCAAAUGCGAUAUUCCAAGAAAGGACUUCCUCCUGGUACCAUGGGCUGGCCAAUUUUUGGUGAAACCACUGAGUUUCUCAAACAAGGCCCAGAUUUCAUGAAAAACCAAAGACUAAGAUAUGGUAGUUUCUUCAAAUCUCACAUUCUUGGUUGCCCUACAAUAGUCUCAAUGGACGCAGAGCUAAACAGAUACAUUCUAAUGAAUGAAUCAAAAGGACUAGUCGCUGGUUAUCCACAAUCUAUGCUCGAUAUCCUUGGGACAUGCAACAUAGCCGCGGUUCAUGGCCCGAGCCACCGGCUCAUGAGAGGGUCGUUGCUCUCUCUAAUAAGCCCGGCUAUGAUGAAAGACCAUCUCUUGCCUAAGAUUGAUGAUUUCAUGAGAAACUAUCUUUGUGGUUGGGAUGACCUCGAGGCAGUUGAUAUCCAAGAAAAGACCAAACAUAUGGCAUUUUUAUCAUCGUUGUUACAAAUAGCUGAGACUUUGAAAAAACCGGAGGUUGAAGAAUAUCGAACAGAGUUUUUCAAGCUUGUUGUAGGAACACUAUCGGUACCGAUCGAUCUCCCGGGAACGAAUUACCGUUGCGGAAUCCAAGCAAGAAACAACAUAGAUAGGUUAUUGACAGAGGUUAUGCAAAAACGAAGAGAGUCUGGAGAGACUUUCACAGAUAUGUUGGGUUACUUGAUGAAGAAGGAAGAUAACCGAUACUUGUUAACUGAUAAGGAGAUAAGAGAUCAAGUGGUAACGAUCUUGUAUUCGGGUUAUGAGACUGUCUCUACAACCUCCAUGAUGGCUCUUAAGUAUCUCCAUGAUCACCCAAAAGCUCUUGAUGAACUCAGGAGAGAACAUUUGGCUAUAAGAGAGAGAAAACGACCUGACGAACCGCUCAUUCUCGACGAUAUUAAAUCGAUGAAAUUCACACGAGCUGUCAUCUUUGAGACAUCAAGAUUGGCAACGAUUGUUAACGGUGUCCUGAGGAAAACUACUCAUGACUUGGAACUCAACGGUUAUUUAAUCCCAAAAGGUUGGAGAAUUUAUGUAUACACUAGAGAGAUUAACUAUGAUACAUCUCUGUAUGAAGAUCCAAUGAUCUUUAACCCAUGGAGAUGGAUGGUUAGUGUUUUGUAUUUUUUUUUUCUCUUUUUUAUGUGCCAUUGUGUUUUGUUGUUUGAAACCUUUGUGGCUCACAAAGAGGGUUUCUUUAUGCAGGAAAAGAGUUUAGAAUCAAAGAGCUAUUUUUUACUCUUUGGAGGUGGAGCAAGACUUUGCCCUGGCAAAGAACUUGGAAUCUCUGAAGUCUCAAGCUUUCUUCACUACUUUGUUACAAAAUACAGAUGGGAGGAGAAAGGAGGAGAGAAACUAAUGGUCUUUCCAAGAGUUUCUGCACCAAAAGGAUACCAUCUUAAGUGCUCGCCUUACUGACUAGUUUUGUCCUAAUAUUGAAAUAUGUGUAUAUAAAUUAAAGGUCUUUUUGUUAGGGUUAAUUAACCUAUUUGAUAUAUUAAUUCUCUCAAGAUCUUAGUGGAUAAUGUACAAAGAGAGAGGAAAAUGGAAUAUAGAAAAUAUAAAAUAUUUGAAAUGUUGAGCUCAGUCUCUUGUCUUGUAAAUUUGUAACCCACAAUUCUUGCAUUUCAUAAUUAUUGUCUUCGAUCGUUUGUAGUUUUGAAUAAUGACCAUCUUUGUUCCAAAUA